UGAAAUAUUGUUUAUCUGAUUAUUCAGACCAAACACGGAGAAACAAAAAUAAACACAAAACUUCAAGAGUUUCGUUUUAGCUUAAAGAUAUAUCAUUUGGUGCUAAGUUUAAAGAUGGCUGAUCAUUUGAGUUUAUGUACCGAUCGUCUCAUAACAUCUGAGAGCUUGAACUCAGAGAAAGAUUCUGAGUCUUCAGAUUCUUCUGGAGAAAGUUCUUACCGGCCUCAAGGCACAGACUUGGCUUCUUCAUCUGUGAAUGAAGCUGAGGAACCUAGAGAGUAUUACGCGGUUGCGGAAGAGGAAGAACCACUUCUUCAAUCUGUGGAGUGUCGUAUUUGCCAGGAGGAAGAUACUACUAAGAACCUUGAGGCUCCUUGUGCUUGUAAUGGCAGUUUGAAGUAUGCUCACCGCAAGUGUGUUCAGCGUUGGUGUAACGAGAAAGGCGAUAUAACCUGUGAAAUAUGUCACCAGCCUUAUCAACCUGGAUAUACAGCACCUCCGCCUCCUCCUCCUGAUGAAACUAUAAUUCAUAUCGGUGACGAUUGGGAGAACGGAGUUCCCUUGGACUUGAGCGAUCCACGCAUUCUGGCAAUGGCUGCAGCAGAACGUCAUUUCUUGGAAGCUGACUAUGACGAGUAUUCUGAGUCUAACUCAAGCGGAGCUGCCUUUUGUCGCUCUGCUGCUCUCAUCCUAAUGGCACUUUUGCUGUUACGGGAUGCGCUAAAUCUCACAACAAACUCAGAUGACGAGGACGAUCCAACUGCCUUCUUCUCGCUUUUCCUUCUUCGCGCUGCUGGUUUUCUCCUCCCAUGUUACAUCAUGGCAUGGGCCAUCGGUAUACUACAACGUCGGAGACAAAGACAGGAAGCAGCGGCUCUAGCUGCCGCAGAAGUUGCUUUCAUGAUACACGGUGGUGGGCCUCAACGCAGAGGACUGCACUUUGCUGUAGCACCGCAGCCGCCGAUAUCCAAUGUCCCAACACCAGUCCCAACACCAGUCUGAUCCUUCCCGGCAAUGAUUCUCCGGUAAGGCUUUUAGACAAAACCUUGAACUUGGUUGUAAGAACUUCAUCUACUUAUGCUUCUUCACAUGUUAUUAUCUUCCUCGUAUGUUUGUGUUCUCUCAAUCUGUUAAAUGUUUACUUCGGCUCUCAAAUAUUUACAAAGAGCUCUCACGGCACUAUGUACAGUCUUAUUAUUAUCAUGACUAUAAAGAUUAUAUUUUUAU